AAAAAAAGCUGCUUAGCAAGUGUUGUGGCUGUUGCUAAGCAACGAACUGAGCAGCCUCUGAGAUUGCGAAGUUAGUUCCUGUAGAGAGAAGGGGCUUUGAUAUUUCUUUUUAGCAAGAUUCUUCUCCUUUUUUUUUUUUUAGUUUUUUUUUUUUUUUACUUUGUGGAAUGUUUUUCAACAUAAUGUGGCGCGGGUAACGCUCGUGAGGACAGACGAGCUGUCAUGACAGACGAAGAAGAAAAUGCCCCUUCUUUUCUGGAGGACGACAGAGUUAAGUUCAUUGAGGAGAAAGUCUGCGCGUUCACGCGACUUCAAAGACGAACGUGGAACAAAAGUGCCGCCACGGAAGAGUUCCAAACGGCUUUGAAACGCUUCUUCGACAAAGAGACACUUCUGUUUUUCUCCUUAUCAGAGACAGGCUCGCUUGGCGUUUCAAAUCAGGCUCAAUCCGGUGUUAAAAGCAAUCAAAUUUACAUACAGAAGAAGACAAAUGUCCCAAUAAACAAUGAAAACUACAGAGACAUUCUGCUUUAUGGUGUUUUGUUUUCACAACCGCUACUGCAGCUGUCCAAUACUGUGGAGAAGAUCACAGUUCCACUGCUGACAAACAAGCAAAACCACCAUGAUUGGCCCUCCCUCGUGUCUGAAGACCUCAUUCGAAAUGUUGAGUCAGUUCACAGUAAAACAUCAAUUUUGCAAGGACGUGUUUUGGGAAAAAUUGUCCUCCCCAUCCCGACCUCAGCUGACUGGAUUGCGCACUCAUACAGCCAAUUUGAAAUGGAUGAGAGCUAUGGAAGGGCGUUAGGUCACACCAUAGAGACUCAUAUCGUCAACUGGUCAUGUCUGAUCCAGGACGUUUUAAAAAUGGAUUCAUCAGACCUUCUUGGCUUUAACCCAGGACCCAAAGCAGAACUGGAGUUUUGGUCUGCCAGAGUGAACAACUUGGAAAGCAUUUAUCAUCAGGCAUGUUUGCUCAGCAUAUCUAAAUUACAACUAGAAUAGAUUAUCACUCAAUCAUGUGGUUUGUUUUACCCUUUAGCUUCAAAGUCCCAUUGUUGAAAAGAUGGUGAAGACGUUGGAGAUCCUGGAGAGCAGUUAUCAUCCAGCAGUCAAGGCUCUAACUGACAGUGUGUCCAAAGCACUCGAGGAAGCCACGGAGAUGCAUCUUUUUCUUCAACCACUGAAAGUACAGCUUUCUCAGCUGGAGGAGAAAGACUUUCUACACCUGGAAAGACACAUCCCGGCAAUUCUUCACACACUCUCCCUCAUCUGGACCAACUGCCCGGCUUAUCAAAAACCAUCUCGCUUUGUGCUCCUACUACAAGAGAUUUGCAACCUGUUCAUCAAACAGGGUUCUGCAUAUCUGUCUGAGGACCUCCUUCUCAGAGAUGAUCUAGAGGAAAGCCUGCUUAUGGUGAGAGGAGUAAUGAAAGUCUUCAGCUGCUUCAAGAAAACCUACCUGACUCAGAGGGAGAGGAUGGCCAACCAAGUCCAAGAUACACCCUGGAAUUUUCCAUUUGGCAUGAUCUUUUCCCGUUUUAACCAAUUCUCAAACCGGUUGCUGCAGCUGGAGAACAUGCUUGAAAUCUUUUUAGAAUACCGGAAGAUGGAAAAAAUAGAAUUUGGUGGAAUUACUGGGAAUCACUACAGUGAUUGUGUUGCCAAGAUGUACAAAGAUUUCAGUGACUACUGCCAUGAGCUUACACACAGUAAAAACAACCCGCUUGACAUCAGCUCCCAGGUUUUUGAAAAUCAGUACACAGAAUUCAAGAAAAUGGUAGCAGAUAUGGAAUGCUGGCUGUCCAGUGAGCUGUGUUUGGCCUUUCAGCACUGCACAAGUCUAGAAUCCGCUUUAAAACUUGGAAUGAUGGUUGGAUCCUUUCUGGAGCGAAGUGAAAUCCGACAGAAGUGCAAGCCUAUCUUCUCUCAGCUACAGCGCUAUUUCAGGGAUGAGCUGGAAAGCUGUAAAUGUCUGUUUGAAUCUUUUCAGAACCAGAAGAAACAUGCUCCAAUCAAGAACAUGGCACAAACAUCUGGAGCUUUAAAAUGGUUAAAAAUGCUUAGACAGCGCAUCCAGACGCCAUGGGAAUACCUAAGACGCCACUUAGUUUCAUUGGAGGAGGAGAUGGUAAAGGAGUACCACGGAUACUUAGGGAUGAUGAGUCUCCUCAAACAGCAUGAGGAGGACACUUACUUUGACUGGUGUAACGGUUUGGAAGAGACAUACCUGAUCCAUCUAAACAAGCCUCUGAUUUUAAGAAAUUCCUCUACCGGCCUGAUCUCAGUGAACUUUAGCAUAAAGCUGACUGAGGUUGUGAAAGAUGUGAAGUACAUCCAGGCUCAUGGUUACAUCAACAUUCCUGCAGCUGCUGUGACUUUUUAUGAAAAGCGUGACAUGUUCACAGAGUAUUCCAGGAGUUUGCAGGUGUUGGUGGAGUGCUAUAACACGCUCAAGCUAACAGUGUUGAAAGUGGAGCUUCCGCUCAUUGAAGCAGAGCUGGAGGCCAUAGACUCACAGCUGACAAAAGCAGAAACCCGUCUGACAUGGCAGGAUCAGGAUUCCUGGGACUUCAUCAGAACCACGAAGGACCUUGUCCAAGACCUUUCAUGUCGAGUCAGCCAUGCUAAGGAAAACUUUGAGGUGAUCAAGUCACUGAUGAAGAAAUGGAGCAAACAGACCUUGUUCUGCAGAGAAGACACCACAAAAGGCUUACAAAUACUAUUAGAUGACAAAAGAAGACACCACAAAAGGCUUACAAAUACUACUAGAUGA